CAGUUCUAUAUCUCAACUCUGUAAAAUUAGAAAAAAUGGGUGAGACGGAUCUGUAUCCAUGUGUACCCCUGGAGAUGUCAGCUGACCGGCUUGAUGACCUGGUGGACAAAGCUAAAACCUACGCCCUCAUGCAUGGGAUCUGUAUGCGAAGAAAGGAUGCUUUUGAUACAGAUGCUCUCCACUUUGCACCCUUUGUUCUCUUCCCUUCUCCUUUCCCGAGAAAGGAAUUUAAUAAGGCCAUCGAAAUACAAACAAUUCUCAAUGAGCUUAUGCACAAAGUUGCCCAUGAUGAUGAUUUCUUGAGAGAAUCCUUGAAGAACACAAUCCAAGUGGAUGAUUUUACAGGACGACUGUUCCAGCUUUAUGAUAAAGUUCAGAAGCAUGGUGGCUCAGCUCAGGAACUAAGCUUGGGUAUGCUUCGGUCUGAUCUCAUGCUAGACAAUCAUUGCUGUCCUAUCGACUCGAAAUGCAAAUUAAACGGGCAAGCAUUCUGUUGCUGGAAACAAGUAGAGCUAAAUACUAUAGCUUCAGGGUUUGGUUGGUUGGGUCCUGCUUCAGGUUUGCUCCAUAGAUAUGUUGUACAAGAGGCAGGAUAUCCGGAGCAUUUGAAAAAUAUCCCUGAGAACAACGCCUUGUCUGGACUAGCCAACGCGCUGGUCAACUCCUGGAAACUGUACAAUCAACCUAAAUCCGUCAUACUCUUCCUGGUGGAGGAUGUAACCUACAAUAUCUGCGACCAGAAGUUCCACGAAUUUGAAAUCAGAGAACAAUGCCCCGAGGUUUUUGUAAUUCGGAAAACUUUGACAGAGAUUGGAAACCGAGGGAAACUUACGGAGGAUAAAAGGUUGAUUAUUGAUGGACAUGAGGUUGCGGUAAUCUACAUGAGAUGCGGAUACCACCCGGACCAGUACCCGUCUGAGGUUGAGUGGGAUGCCAGGUUUAUGAUGGAGAUGUCUCUAGCGAUCAAAUCUCCGAGUGUACAUUAUCAUCUGGCAGGGACGAAAAAGGUUCAGCAGGAGCUAGCCAAGCCAGGAGUACUGGAGAAGUUUCUAGGUGAUAAGGCCAAGAUUGAAUCCGUCCGAGAUAUUUUCACUGGACUCUACUCUCUUGAUAAGGAUGAAAUUGGAAAUGCCUCCUUCCAGAGGGCAAUUGAAACCCCGGAGAAAUUCGUCCUAAAACCGCAGAGGGAGGGCGGUGGAAACAAUGUUUAUGGAGCAGAUAUAAAACCCUUCCUGGAGAAGAUCGCGGACUCGGAUGAAAGGAGUGCAUAUAUCUUGAUGGACAUGAUUGAACCUCCCAUCACGACCAACUACAUGGUUCGCCCCGGCGAGGCCCCUUUACUCGCCAAGUGCAUCAGUGAACUUGGAAUUUUCGGAUAUGUGAUAGGAACGAAAGAUUCCAUAUUGGAGAAUAAACAAGUUGGUCAUAUGCUGAGAACAAAACUAAGUCAUGUGAACGAAGGCGGUGUUGCUGCAGGGCUUGGUGCUCUAGAUUCUGUUUACUUGGUAGAUGCAUCAAGAUGCUGUUUAAACUAGGGAAUGCAUCAAGAUAUUGUUCAAAAUAGUGGAUGCAUCAAUAUACUGUUUAAACUAGUGGAUGCAUCAAGAUACUGUUUAAACUAGUGAAUGGACCAAGAUACUGUUGAAACUAGUGAAUGGAUCAAGAUACUGUUGAAACUAGUGGAUGCAUCAAGAUACUGUUUUAACUAGUAAAUGCAUUGAGAUACUGUUUAAACUAGUGGAUGCAUCAAUAUACUGUUCUAGUGGAUGCAUCAAGAUACUGUUGAAACUAUUGAAUGCAUCAAGAUACUGUUUUAACUAGUGGAUGCAUCAAGAUACUGUUUAAACCAAUGAAUGCAUCAAGAUACUUUUGAAACUAUUAAAUGCAUCAAGACAUUGUUUAAACUAGUUGAUGUAUCAAGAGACUGUUUAAACUAAUGGAUGCAUCAAUAUACUGUUUAAACCAGUGGAUGCAUCAAGAUACUGUUUUAACCAGUGGGUGCAUCAAGAUACUGUGAAAACCAGUUAUUGCAUUAAAAUAAUUUUCCUAUGAUCCAUUAAGAUUGUAUCAGGAUGUUCGUAAAACUAGUAGAUGCAUUAAACCCAGUGGAUUAGAUUAAUAGUUUUUAAAUAA